GCGCGCCUCGCGCGUGCGCGCGCAGGGCAGUGAAUGCUCGUGCAGGAAGCGGCGGUAACGGCUGGAGACGCGCGCCAUACCCCCUACAUCCCCCCCAUCCCCAAAUCCUUGCUUGGACCAAGCACUCCCGUCACCGUCACCCAACUCCCCCCUUCCCGGACUCUUCGCGUGAAGCGCAGCAGCGGCAGGCACAGGGAGCCCAGGAUAAGAAUCUGCUUCCAAAACAUUGCUCAGAUACUAAGGGAAGAUCUCUCCUUGUUCAUGGAGUUUUUCAUCAGUAUGUCUGAAACCAUUAAAUAUAAUGACGACGAUCACAAAACUGUAUUUCUGAAAACGUUAAAUGAGCAACGAUUGGAAGGAGAAUUUUGUGACAUAGCUAUUGUUGUAGAAGAUGUAAAAUUCAGGGCCCACAGGUGUGUUCUAGCUGCUUGUAGUACCUAUUUUAAAAAACUUUUCAAAAAACUGGAAGUUGACAGCUCAUCUGUAAUUGAAAUAGACUUCCUUCGAUCUGAUAUAUUUGAGGAAGUGCUCAAUUAUAUGUACACAGCCAAGAUUUCGGUUAAGAAAGAAGACGUCAAUUUAAUGAUGUCAUCCGGUCAGAUUCUUGGUAUUAGAUUUUUGGAUAAACUCUGUUCUCAAAAACGUGACGUAUCAAGUCCAGAAGACAAUUCACAGUCAAAGAAUAAGUAUUGUCUUAAAAUAAAUAGACCAAUUGGGGAAUCUAAUGAUAACCAAGAUGACGAGGUUGAAGAAAUAGGUGAUCACGAUGAUAGUCCAUCAGAUAUGACAAUGGAAGGAACUCCUCCUAGUCAAGAGGAUGGUAAAUCACCAACUGCUACUUUAAGAGUUCAGGAAGCAAUUCUGAAGGAGCUGGGGAGUGAAGAGGUUCGAAAAGUGAACUGCUAUGGCCAAGAAGUAGAGUCUAUAGAGUCUGCUGAAACUAAAGAAUUAGGAUCACAAACUCCUCAAGCUCUAGCAUUUAAUGAUGGCAUAAGUGAAGUAAAGGAUGAACAGACACCAGCAUGGACCACAGCAGCUGGAGACAUGAAAUUUGAGUAUUUGCUUUAUGGUCACAGGGAACAAAUUGCAUGUCCAGCAUGUGGCAAAACAUUUUCUGAUGAAGCACGAUUGAGAAAACAUGAAAAACUCCAUACUGCAGAUAGGCCCUUUGUUUGCGAAAUGUGCACCAAAGGCUUUACCACUCAAGCCCACUUGAAAGAGCAUCUAAAGAUCCACACAGGCUACAAGCCAUACAGCUGUGAAGUAUGUGGAAAGUCUUUUAUUCGUGCACCAGACCUAAAAAAGCACGAGAGGGUUCACAGUAAUGAAAGACCAUUUGCAUGUCAUAUGUGCGACAAAGCUUUCAAGCAUAAGUCCCACCUGAAAGAUCAUGAAAGAAGACAUAGAGGAGAGAAACCUUUUGUCUGCAGCUCUUGUACUAAAGCGUUUGCCAAAGCAUCUGAUUUAAAGAGACAUGAGAACAAUAUGCACAGUGAAAGGAAGCAAGUAACCACAGCCAGUGCCCUACAAAGUGAAACAGAACAAUUACAGGCAGCUGCCAUGGCUGCUGAGGCAGAACAACAACUUGAGACUAUAGCUUGUAGCUAAAAUCAGGAGUGGCCAUAUGCUGGAAAAUGUUUGGACUGAAAAACUCACUACUGAGCGAAGUAUUUUAGUGUGGUUUAGAAAGUAGGAAAUAUAGUUGCAAUUUGCAGCAAAAAACUCUCAUAUCAAGCAUGGAUAAGGCCUUGAUCGAGGCAUCCAGUGGGAUAUAAUUUUUUUUAAAAUCAGACUCUAGCUGGUGUUUUAUUCCUGUAUUUAAAAUACUGGGUUUCAUUGCAUGCCUUGCCCCAUUGGAAUAAACUCUGCAUGUGGAAUGGAAGAUGUUACACUCCAAUGCUCAGUGAAAUUAAGACCAAGUAUUUGGAUUUAAGCUACUUUUGUUCCAUUGAUUCCAGUUGCUUGGCACCCCAAUCCUAAAUAUUAAGAGAUUGUCAGCAAUAGUGAGAAAUGAUAGAACAAGUUGCCAAGACAAAAAUAAAUACCUAUUAGGGAUUCAUUGAACUGCAAGCGUUAUGUGGCUAAGCCUUAUGGAUUUCAGUAGAAAGUAGUACUGUGUGAGUAAAGCAAGAUCAGAUUAAUUCAAAAGCUAUUGGUUUCUCGACCUACAGAUUGUUCUGUUAGCGAACAGUUUAAUAAAUUAUGUCUGCUACAACAGUUUAUUUUUAAAGAUCUUGAAAUUAUGAGUUGGACUGAAUGUAAGAAUUAAUUUGUAGAGGGGAAUAUAGUAAUAUCCAGUCUUCUAAUCAAAAUUAAU